AUGGCUUUCUUCCCCUUUACUAUUGGUGAAGCAGUGAUGGCUUUCUUCCCCUUUGUUAUUAGUGCAACAGUAAUAGCUUUCUUCCUUUUUGGUGUUGUUGGUGAAGCAGGAAUAUCUUUUCUUGUCCUUUUAACUGUUGGUGAUUUAGAUGCUGCUGCUUUCUGUUUGGUUUUUGUUGUUGGUGACUUAGAAGUUAUGUACAUAUUGGUUAGUAGUGGUGCUUAUUCAGGGUUUGAAAUAGUGCAUCUAUUCUCAGAAGAAGCAGCUUUUUCUAUUUUCUUUCUCUUUUCUCUAAAACUUUGUUCGAUUGAAAGUGGCAACCGGCAUGGUGAAGUUCGUUGGUCUCUUGCUUUUGGCACUCUUUGCCAUCUCCAUGACAUGAUCGAAUCCACUCAGGUUUCAGCAGGAACAACUCCAUAUUAUGGAUCAGGAAGCGUGAGUCCAGAUCAGUGCAAUGCGAGAUGCUUGACGAGAUGCAGUAAGACAAAGAACCAUAAAGCAUUUUGCAUGGAAUCUUGCAUGCCUUGCUGCGAGAAUUGUGGAUGCGUUCCCCCAGGUUUUUCUGGCAACAAACCAAUGUGCCCUUGUUACAACAGCAUGAAGACCCAUCGAGGAACUCCAAAAUGCCCAUGAUCACAAUUGGUUCACUAUUAGUUAACUACUCUACUUAUAUUACAGUUAAUUUUUAUCAAUUGUGUGAGAGAUAUAUGUAUUGACCAGUCAGUAAUGGUUAUUUUUCUGCGUCCAAGUGUUUGCUUACUUUGUUUCAUUUGAUCAUCAAAUUGGGUGAUUUUGUAUUUGUAAUGACUAUUGUGAUUCCGGUCGAUCACUUGUUUUGAGUUUUCUAAUGGUGCUCUAAGUUACUCAAGUGACUGUGGAUGUUAAUGGAUUUUCCUUUAUCUU